AUGAGCUCUAAAAGACGAUCCGCUGUUGCAGCUUCCCCAGAUGUCAGGUCCCGAGCGAAGCGUCAAAAGGUCUCCGAAGAUAAUCUUUUGGAUGCCGAGAUACCCAGUCAUGUAUCGUCACAUGUGGAUUCGGAGGCAGAGGUAGAUGAAACCUCAGGGUCGCAAGUCGAGUCCGAGGUAGACUUUGAUGGCGAUAGUCUACAAACCGCCCAGGACAAGAUCAUGUCGGAGCUGACCAAGCUUCAAGACGAUGAUGGUCAAGAUGUUGCUUAUCCUUUCAUUGGGAAACCAGAUCGGAACUUGUACCGGGAUUAUUAUGAGCUUAUUCAACAUCCCGUCUCUUUGAGAAGUAUACAAAAAAAGGUCCGCGGCACGGACAGCAGAAAGAAUUCAUCCAAGACGACCGCCUAUCCCACUUGGCAGUCAUUUGAAGAAGAAGUCAGCUAUAUUUGGAGAAACGCCAGGGAGUACAACGAAGAUGACAGCGAGAUUUCAGCUCUCGCGGGAGUUUUAGAGGAUUAUUUUUUGCGACGAGUUGCCGAAGCCAGGAAGCUUGUUCCAGAUCCCCUGCAGGUAGAUGGAACCCCUGAGAUGCCUCGCAUCAAAUUGAAGAUGGGCACAGUUGUGCCACCAAUAAGUGGAAAAUUAACCUUGAAAAUGCCUGGGCAGAGCUCUGAUACCCUGUCCAACAACGAUGGGCAGUCAUCAAAUAUCACGAUCAACCAUGAACCAUCGGGUCCACGACGGGAAAUUGUCAGUGCUGAACCAGCUGUUCAAGGUGUCAGUACACCCCCACGAGCGCGGUCGCUCAGAAGGCAUGUCGACAGCCCUAGGUCAAGUGUUGCCACCACCACCUCGGAACAACCAACCACUUCCCUAGGUUCACGAGGGCUAUCCAGUUCAAUAAAGAACGAAGCACCUAUGUCAACCUCCUCUUCGCAAGCUCUUCCAAAUCUGCCUUUUGAGACACCUGCAGAUAUAAAUCAGCAUUAUGAUUUGCCUCACGCGUCUUUGCAGCAAAAUUCAAGCUUGUCGCCUAUAGAUUCGCUUCUAAGGCGGCCAGGUCAAGGCACGAGCACGGCUUUGAUUCGCAAUCUUCGGGUUGUUGCGCAUGCCUCCCUCUCGUUGCAACCAGACUUCUGCUUAGACAUCCCGCCAUCAUCACUUUUCUCACAACAGAAUAUCACCAUUCAUCUUCCUCCGUCACUUAACCUCCUGACGCUUAGGCCUCGCUUGGCUGCCAGUACUGCCCAGAGACAAGUAAAGGUAAUUGCGUUGACUGGUAUGCAACGUCUCAGUUCAUCUGGCGAUGUGAAUACCCCUGCUUAUGAUAUACGGCUGUACCCUGGUAUGACUAAGGUUGACUUGGAAGCUAUUGCUGGUCCGGCUAAAGGUGUUCCUAAAUCAGGUCCCCCGGGAGCUGAUGUAGACUAUGAAAGAAUCACAAUCUUUCUCAACCUGUUACAGUGA